GGUGAGGCGGGGCAGCGCGCACUCGCGCGUGCGUGAGCUGGCGCGCGAGAAAGGGCCCGGUCACGCUGAGGCUUGAGCGGCCGUCGCCAUUUUGUAGGGUUCUCUCUGACGCGGGAGCCGCCGCCGCCGUCGCCGCCACCCGGAGGCUCUUGUCAGGAUGGUGAAGCUGUUCAUUGGAAACCUGCCCCGGGAGGCCACAGAGCAGGAGAUCCGCUCACUCUUCGAGCAGUAUGGGAAGGUGCUGGAGUGUGACAUCAUUAAGAACUACGGCUUUGUGCACAUAGAGGACAAGACGGCGGCCGAGGAUGCCAUACGCAACCUGCACCACUACAAGCUGCACGGGGUGAACAUCAACGUGGAAGCCAGCAAGAAUAAGAGCAAAGCUUCAACCAAGUUGCAUGUAGGCAACAUCAGUCCUACUUGUACCAACCAAGAGCUCCGGGCCAAGUUUGAGGAGUAUGGUCCAGUCAUCGAAUGUGACAUCGUGAAAGAUUAUGCCUUUGUACACAUGGAGCGGGCAGAGGAUGCAGUGGAGGCCAUCAGGGGCCUUGACAACACAGAGUUUCAAGGCAAACGAAUGCACGUGCAGUUGUCUACCAGCCGGCUUCGGACUGCCCCUGGGAUGGGAGACCAGAGUGGCUGCUAUCGGUGUGGGAAAGAGGGGCACUGGUCCAAAGAGUGUCCAGUAGAUCGUACGGGUCGUGUGGCGGACUUUACCGAGCAGUAUAACGAACAGUAUGGAGCAGUGCGCACACCUUACACCAUGGGCUACGGGGAAUCCAUGUAUUACAACGAUGCGUAUGGAGCGCUCGACUACUAUAAGCGUUACCGAGUCCGUUCUUACGAGGCAGUGGCAGCAGCAGCAGCAGCUUCCGCGUACAACUACGCAGAGCAGACCAUGUCCCAUCUGCCUCAAGUCCAGAGCACAGCUGUGACCAGUCACCUCAACUCCACUUCUGUUGAUCCCUACGACAGACACCUGUUGCCAAACUCAGGCGCUGCUGCCACCUCAGCUGCUAUGGCUGCUGCCGCUGCCACCACUUCCUCCUAUUAUGGAAGGGACAGGAGCCCCCUGCGUCGUGCUGCAGCUGUGCUCCCCACAGUUGGAGAGGGCUACGGUUAUGGGCCAGAGAGUGAGCUGUCUCAGGCUUCAGCAGCUGCACGGAAUUCUCUGUAUGACAUGGCCCGGUAUGAGCGGGAGCAGUAUGUGGACCGAGCACGGUACUCAGCCUUUUAAAAACUGGAGGUGUGAACCUCAAAUGGACUGAAUAACCUUGAGUUGGUUGCAGUCCCAGGAGCCUGAUGUUAAUGAGGCUGCCAGGAUGAAAUACUCCAGAACUGUUGGGGAUCCAAAUUCGGGUCUCACCCUAGCAGAACUGAUUCAAGAACGUCACAACUUUUGAAGUCGAUUGGCACAGAUCAAGACCAAGAUUUGGCCCUUUGUCUGUAAUAAGUAGAGGAACUUGGUGUGAGUUAACUUUUUUUUUCCCCCAGCCAUUGGUGUCUGGAGUUCCCAUCAUCAGUGGAAGAAUUAGAGAAUUUAGGAUUUCUUCUUUUGAUUUGGUAAGGGAGAUUUGGUCAAUUAAAGGAACUACUGGAAUUAUGGCUCUAAAUCUGUGACAGUAUGAUAUGCAGAUAUGUUGGAGGAUGAAUGAACCACUCCUUGAUACCCUUUGUGAUUGUGAUACCCAUUUCUGAAAAUUUGUUCACUAUGAAAGAUUAAAAAUGAGACAAAUUUAGAAGACUGCAGUUGGCCAUAUUUGAGACCUUGGCAUCUUCUGAUUGUUCUGGAUAAAUUAUGGUUCUUGAUAAUAUCUGUAUGCCCUUUGUUGCAGCGACAGUAGCCUUGUAUCACAGAAGUAGUCUUGCCUAAAAGAUUGGUGAGAAAGUGAGAAAGAUAUGUUUAUCACCAACACAGCAGUCUUCCAGAUAGACUGCUUCUUGUUCUAUAUAUAGCUAAAAGUAAACUCCUAUAUAUAGCCAUAGAAGACUCCUAGGUAAUUAUAUGAGUUGUAAGUUUGAUCCGGUCUGACUUGGAUUUGUUUUGUUCUGUUCUUUUCUUUCCCCCUGGAAUACAGGACGGGACCGGGGCCCUUGUACUCGGAGCCAAGCUGCUCUCCAGGCAUUGUGUAAGCCUCUUGUGUUGUGCUCUCUUUCAGGUAGGAUAAUUGCGGACUGAACCCUCGGGCUGCGGUCAUAUAUGAGAACUUGCUCCGCGCGGUCCCCUUUGCCGGGAUGUUUCCAUUGCUUCAUGUUUCAGUAAACAAAGGAGUUUGUGACCAACUAUGUUUUCUUUCUUAAUUUAAUUCUUCUAAGUUGACUUUUCUUUCCUCCUGAUACUAGUCUCUGUAGCCUUUCACUCUAUUCCUUAUGUUCUCAGCCUCUGAGCAGCCCUAGGUAAGGAUUAUGCUGGCAUCCCCUUUUUCCUGUACAGUGGAAUCCCUCUUAUCUUGCUUUCCUUAGGAGUUGAACCCUUCUCCCUGUCUACCUGCAACAUCUCCUUUCCCUUUAAAAUGACCAUGUAGUGGCAAGCAGCCUUUUACUCUUCUCUGUUAGCUCUGGACUCUAACGUUGAAGCUAAUCUUCUGAAACUGCUAGGACCAUUGGGGUUUUGGUGGUUGUUGUUUUGUUUGUUUUGUUUUUUUAUGUCUGACCUGUGAUCAUGGUACAGCAUUAGCUGAAAUUUAGCCUUGUUUUACUCCACUUUUCCCCCCCUUUUUUUUUUUAAUAUUUUGACAAAUAAACGUUUCUAACACUUAA